AUGUUUGCAUCUAGGGGCAUUUCAAGGUUAUCCGGUCUUUUAAUACCAUUAAUAUUAGCAUUCUUUAUUGGAGAGUCAUUGGCUUCUCUGGGAGAUAGACUACCUGACUUCAAAGAAUGCGUUAAGGUUUGCGAGGCCGAGAACUGCCAGGACGGCAACUCUGUUCUUCUCGCUAACAAAUCCCCUCCUUUGGUAGCAAUUUACCUCCGUCUUCUGUUAUGGACUUGCCCGGCCGAAUGCGACUAUACCUGCCAGCAUGUUAUCACCGACCGCAGGGUCUCCCGUGACCCUCCUAUGCUCAACCCUGUAGUGCAGUUCCAUGGAAAGUGGCCGUUCUACAGGGUCCUCGGCAUACAGGAAGUGUUCUCUGUUCUUUUCUCUUUUUUCAACUUCCUUGCUCAUUAUUACGGCCUUGCGAAGAUUCGAGAGUCCAUCCCGCCCUCAUACUCUCUGCGGAGGUACUAUCUGGGUUUUGGAUAUUGUGGGCUGGCAAGCUGGACAUUUAGCAUGUUGUUCCACACGAGGGAUUUUCCUUUGACCGAGAAACUGGAUUAUUUUGCGGCGGGUGCGAGUGUCCUCUACGGUCUUUUUCUGGCAGUCAUCCGGAUCUUCCGGCUUGACAAACAGCAUCCACGGUACAAACCAACUCUCCGUCGUUUCUGGACGACACUCUGUAUCGGUCUGUAUGUCGCCCACGUCUCCUACCUCAGUUUCUGGUCGUGGGACUAUACCUACAACAUGGCUGCCAACGUCGUCGUGGGCGUCAUUCAAAAUCUACUCUGGACCUGGUUCAGUGUAGCCAGAUACACAAAGUACUCUCAGUCAUGGACCGCCUGGCCUGGAAUGAUCGUCGCUUGGAUCAUGCUGGCAAUGAGUCUUGAACUGUUGGAUUUCCCUCCUUGGUGGAGACUGAUUGAUGCACACAGUCUUUGGCAUCUCGGGACAGUUGUGCCGACAGCGUGGUGGUACUCGUUCCUCGUCAAAGAUGCACAGGACGAUAUCACGGCAGAAAGAUUGAAAGCUUGA